AUGGGUAUAGCAGGAAAAUGGAUCCGGAACUUUUUGUUAGGCAAAAGGGAGGAGAAAGGCAAGCACAAGAAAAGAGUGAAUUCAGUUGCCACAGAGGUAAGUAACUUAGGAAGUCCAAGAGCAAUCUUAUCAGUUACAAAAGAGAAGAGGAGAUGGAGCUUCAAGAAAUCAACCACCACAGACAAAGUCACUUGUCGCAAUCUGUCAUUUGACUCAAUCUCUACUCCCCACCUGGCAAAACAGGUCCUAGAGGAGCAUGAAAUUGAGCAAAUUCGUUUUAAGGCAAUCCUAGUAACAACUAGCAAGCAAGUCAAUGGAACAAUGCCGGUUGUUACAACUCCUGUUUCACAAGCUAUAGGGCCCCUCAAAGAUGCUGCUGCGAUCAAAAUUCAGGCUGCAUUUCGUUCUUAUUUGGCAAGAAAAGCAUUGUGUGCUUUACGGGGACUGGUGAAGUUACAAGCAUUGGUAAGGGGUCACCUGGUCAGAAAACAAACAACUGCAGUUCUGAGGAGCAUGCACGCUUUGAUGACUAUCCAAGUUAGAGCUCGGUAUAGGAGAGUUCAGAUGGUUGAGGCCGGAGCAGAGCUUGCAACAAAAAGAUCAGGUCAUGGAGAAUCAGCUCGAAAUAGUACAGUAAGGCCUUUUCUGGAUUAUUUUCUCACCUUCCCUUUGGAUGAUCAUCCAUCAGGUUCUGCAUUUUGUAGGAUUUGUUCUUCCACUCAAAUUCUUCGUUCAAAUCUACUGGAUUUUCUCUUCAGUAUAGAACUGUUAUAUGUCAGCUCAGCUGAUAAACCUGAUACAAUCAGAUUUUACCAAACCAAGUAA